AUGGCAGAGGCAACGACGACGCAAAAGGCAGUUGUGGCAACAGGCACGGGCGAGGACUUUGGAUCGCACAUUGUCAUCGCGGACGUGGCAGCGCCGGCUGGAAGCCCCGCCGACGGAUUUGUUCGGGUCAAGGUGGCGGCGGCUGCGCUCAACCCGGUCGACUGGAAGAUGGUCAAGUACAACUUUCUGGUUGCGGUUGAGAACCAAGUGCUCGGAUGCGAUGUGGCCGGAACAGUGGUGGCGCUUGGCGCCGGGGUGGACGAGCUGGCUGUGGGCGACGAGGUCUUUGGCUUUCAGUCGAUCGACAUCGCCAACGGCACGUUCCAGGACGUGCUGGACAUUCCAGCGUACCUGCUCCUCAAGCGACCGGCGCAUCUGAGCGCGACCGAGGCCGCGACGCUGCCCGUGGCACUCUACACGGCCGUGUUUGGUAUCUUCCGCGACCAGCCUGGCGCGGGCGCGUCGCACGCGUUUGAGCGCGAUGCGGCCGGCGGCGCGCCGUUCCUGGUCUGGGGCGGCUCGUCGUCGGUGGGUCAGGUUGUGAUCCAGCUUGCAGCAGCAGCCGGCUUUCAUGUCAUCGCGGUGGCAUCGGCCAAGCAGCACUCAUACCUGCGCGAGCUCGGCGCGGCGGUGACGGUCGACUACCACGAUGACGACGUCGACGCCCAGAUCAGAGCGGCGGCCGAGGCCGCUGGCGCUCCGCUGCGCUACGCGUUUGACACCGUUUCGGUGGCGACGACGCUGCGCAGCGCCAAGCUCCUGGAUGCGUCUGCUGACGCGCCAGGCUUUGUCACCACCAUCACGGACGUGCCCGAGGAGGCUGUCGCCAACGUCUCGGUCAUCCACACGCUCAUGGCCAACAUCCACGCCGAUGGCGACAAGAAGGCGUUCAUGCUUGACGCACGGAAAAAGAUUGCUGCGUGGGUCGCCGAGCUCCCCGUCAAGAGCAAUCCCGUGACCGUCAUCGGUACAACAUGGGACGCAGUUCCUGCCGGUCUCGAGCGCCAGCACGCCGGCGUCUCCUGCACCAAGCUUGUCAUCGAUCGCGCCGAGGCUUAG